AUGGAGUGGAAAGGACUUUGGAACUACGUGGAAAACCUCAUCCCGGGGAAGUCCCGCUCGCAGGAGAGUGUAGAUCGGGGGGACUCGAACUCGCAGGACUCUGAAGACUCACAGGACACGCCGCCCUCCCCCUGCCGCGGCCUGGCUCGGCACUACCCUGUUAUGUCGGCGCGCAGGGGGGCAGGGGGGAAGCGAGCCUCUGACAGUGAGGAGGACGAAGAGGAAUUCGAAGACUCUGAAGAAGGAAACGAAAGAGACGAGGACGAUGAGGAGGAGAUUGUGACUCGUGAGAAAGCAGUUACGAACGAGGAUGUGGAUGACGACGAGGACGAGGAAGGGGACAUCGACGGCGACGGCGUCUCAAGCUCUCCUUCGGAUUCGAGUGACUUCGAGGACUCGGAAGGCGUCGACACGGAGAUCGAAAACAACACUGUGAGCGAGAACAGCGACAGCGGCAAAAAGGGCAGUGGGGCCUCUACGCCCGCCUCCACCUCGUCCUCCACCGCCUCCGCCUCCAGCUCAUCUUCCUCGUCUGUUCCCACCGCAGCUACCUAUACCAUAUCUACGCACACGGCUUCCGCGCCCAUUUCGAGUUCAUUCACCACCAAUCCUUCCAACUCCACCUGUGGUUCUGCCAACCUCUCCUCGUCCUCCACCUCAGCCUCCACCGAAUCCACCUCCAGCUCCACCAGCAGCGGGAGCGAAGAAAACAGCGCCGACGAGGAGGGACGCGACGGCAGCGAGAGCCCAGAGUCCCCCGCUGGAAACCACAAAACUAAACUCGAAGAAAGCAAAGGCAGUGAUAAAAACGAGGACAAGAACAAAGAAAGAAAAACGAACGGUGAAGUCCCUCAACACGAUCACAGUGAUAGUGACGGUGACCGUGAAUACGACGAAACGGAAAAGACAUGCAAAGACCCAUCUCUAGCCAAGGAGAAAAACCCAUCCGUGGCUAGUGAAAAGGACCCAUCCGUGGCUAGUGAAAAGGACCCAUCCGUGGCUAGUGAGAAGUACUCAUCCGUGGCUAGUGAGAAGGACCCAUCCCUAGACAGUGAAAAGGACCCAUCCCUGGACAGUGAGAAGGGCGAGGGGCAAGAUGAGACAGCAGCCGAAGAAGAAGGGAACUGGGAGAUGACUGAAGGCAAAGACCAGAUAGAAAACCCGAAGGACGCGAAGACAAUCGUGAACGUCGCGAUCUUAGCGGCGGCCAGGGAACGGAAGAAGGACGAGGCCAGGAAGGAGUGCCGGCAGGCGGACGUCAAGGGCAAGAUCAAGAAUCUGGAAGAACACAAAGUCGAGGCGAAUGGGACGACCUGCGGAACGGCCCAGGAGGAGGCGGAGUCGGCGGAGUCGGCGGCGAAUUGGAAGCGUGAGAAAACUGAUGGGGUCGGAAAGAAUAGGAGGAGGCGGAGAAGGAGAGGUGGAAAUAUAGAAAUAGACGAUAAAGAAGCGUCUGGAAAAGAGGUAGAUGAUGGGGAGAAGGUACAUAUAAAAGAAAGGGGCGCAGAAGAAGAAGCUGCGUUGGACGCCAGAAAUGAAGACGGAGAUGAAGAAAGUGCAAAGAAUAAUGAACCUAAAGAAACAAAUGAAGGGAAAGAGGUAGAAACUGACACGGUCAAAGAGUCUGUCCGUAAAAGCACGGGCGAAGACAAAGACAACAACACAGGUUAUCAGAAAGUGACCUGCAGGAGAGCCGAGUCGAAGAAGGGAAGAGGCAGAGGAAAGCUGGAUAAAGGGCGCAGUCAGUGGCUAGUCUCGACAGAGCAGGCAGAAAGAGGAGGGAGCCGAGAAUACGACAGGAGGUUGGAAGUAGCGACGAGCGAAAAUAGCUGUGGCGAGGAGGAAGCAGCGAAGUGCGGAAAAAACGAGAGAUGCGGUCAAGAGUCGCUUGCGGGGAAGACGGAGACUCCCCCAGCAGGCGAGGAGAGCCAGGCAGACUCGGGGAAGGAGAGCGCAGACCUAGACGGCGGAGAGGCGCGGCGGGAGGCGGAGGGAAAUGAGAGACGGGGAGAGCGACUGCUGAGCGAAAAUUCCGAUAACGACGAAGACUUUAGCGCGGAAGAGUUCUCCGACAUCGCUAAGAAGAUCAUGAAAGAGGUGCAGGAGAGCAGGAGCGAGUACAGGAGGCCCCAACCCAAGCCCAGGUCCUUCAGGAGGACUUGGGAGGAGAAGGCGGAUGGGGCCUCCCACGUCACACACACCAUCGAGGAGACCACGUCGCGAAUCCUGGAGAUGUCGUCGGGGUCCAGGAGCUCGUCGCUGACGAGGAAGGAGAUCCUCGUGCGACCCGCCAACGGCGACUCCGAAACGAGGAUAUCCGUGAGCUCUUCUCGAGACACGUACGACCCCUUCUACCACGACAGAACGACCCGUAAGUAUUCCAAGUUUUCUGACAGUACAAGUAGGUUCACAAGGUCGUCUGAGGUGCCUAGAGACCCCUCAAGAUCGAGGGAGGGCAGUUCCGAGACGCUUAUCUCGUGCAUUAAAGGCUCGAAGCUUCUGAAGGCGCAGGACGACGACUCCACUCGCGGGAGCACGUCAGAGGGCGAAGGAGACUCCCCCAGGACGACAGAGCGCGUGAGAAAGCUCUCGGUGACCUUCCAGAACGACGCAAAAUCCCCUCCUCCGCCGACGUCGUCGUCCUCGUCAGAAGCUCUCCUCGAGGAACAAGGUGCUGGUGGUCGUUCUAUCGUCACAUCUUCAUCCGUGACCAGGGGGAACGUGGAACCUGAGCCUGGUGAUCCUAAAAGCUUCGUGGCCGCGGACAUCUGCACGUCUUCCAGAGGCGUUGACGUCGUUGAACAUUUAGCAGUGACUUCCGGUGACGUCACGGAACCAGUUGAUGACGUCACAAACAACAACAAAAGAACACGUAUUUAUUCUAGAAGCAGCUUGGCUUCACAUGACUCUAGGACACCGUCUCAUGAAACUCUAGAAAAUGCAGUGAACGAAAAUAAAGGAAACGACGAAAGUAAGACAGAAAGUGAGCGAAAUUGCGCGGAGGUGAAGGGAAGAGGAGAAGGAAGGAGGAGCGAGUCCCGAGCGCGCCCGAGAGAACAGGAUAGACCCGUCGGCCGUAGUUCUUCCGAGGAUGAUGUCGAUCAGGAUAGCUUGGAGGGACCAUGGUCGACGCCCCAGCUAGCCAAGGUCGUGCAGGAGCUGGUCGUGUCGCGGAAAUUCAGCAUGACGACGGCGCAGGUGAAAAAGCGGCAGCAGAACCUCGGCCGUCUCGACGUCUCCCAGAAGGAUCGAACGGUGAUUUUUGACAGCUCAAGGUUUCCUCGGAACGGAAGCGAUAAGGACUGCGAGCACCGGCAGGAGCGAGAGGCAGGAAAGGGCGACACGCAGGAGGAAGCCAAGGGCGCGCCUAAAUGGGCCGGCAGAACUCGAAGCAACGGCCGGAACGGAGUCGCGUGGCAGCAAACAGCGAGGAAGGGAAGGCGGAGAAAGAGUAUUGAAGGAGACGGGAGCCAGUCGGAGGCGUCGACAGACAGCCAUGCCCCCGGGGAAGAGAGCACUGGCACUCAGGAAGGGCGUCGGCACUUCACUAAACACAGCUGCGUCAAAAUUAGCAAAACGGAGACCAAGAGGAGCGGUGGAGGUGGGCCCAGGGGGAAGUACCUUGCGUGGGCGAACGAAAGCAACAAGGGGGACUCGCGGGGGGCGGGGAACAAGGACGAGAAUAAGGUCAUGCCUUCCCCCAGGAUCGAGAGGAUGUGUCGCUCGCCCCAACUCCACAAAGGCCGCAUGUUUAGCAGCCACAGGAGAGACUCCUCGAGUAGUCGCACGUCCCCAAGGCAGUCCCCCAUAGGGUCACGGUACCAGAGUCCCCCCGGGGCCGUCUCGCCCAGGCUGGGGUCUUCGUCGAGAGUGGGGUCACCCAGACCUGACUCGCCGAGGAUAGGCUCCUCACGCUCGGCCUCUCCGCGAGUGUCUCCAAGGAUCGGCCUGAGAUCUUCACCCACGAAAUUCGUGACAUCACGGACGUCCCCCAUCCCUGCUUCCCCAAGGAUCGUGAAACCUAUCGUGACGUACGGGUGUCAGAGGUCACCCAGACCCACCUCCACCUUCGAUCGCCAAAGAAGCCUAAGUGUGGAUAAGGAUAACCUCAACAAUGCAGAGGACGGCGCCACGACACCGGGUGAGGAGACACUCGGGGGCAUUGCCACAGGGACCCCAAAGCCCUUGAAAGCUUUACGGAGAGAGAUGUCCGACUGCCGCCAGCGCCUGGAGUCCUUCGUGGAGAGCCGGGCGAUGCAGGAGCAGCGUCAACAGCGCUACAUCCUCAUCACCUCCAAGAUGAGCGGAAAACUUGAUUCGGAAAUCAUUCAGUUUUUCGAGUCUCAGCAGCAGAAGCCUCGGGAGAUCCUCAGGAAUGAGAAGGUGCUGCACGAGCACUUCCGGGCGGGCUCCAAGAGCGACCUCCGGAGGGCGUCGGGAUCCAGCUUCCGAAGUAAGUCGACAAGCACGGAGGGCGACAAGUCCUCAGAAGACGCGAAGGAAGGUUCUGAAGACGACGUCACACCCGAGGCAACGCACGACGUCAGCUUCACGAGGGACAUCACGCGCGAGGCCUUUCCCUUCCUGGCGAAAGCGGCCAAGGAAUCACACGAGGAGGAAGGCACUGAGGAAGAUUCUGGUAGGGGACAUAGCAGGCCAGGCACUGAAGGAAAGCUGGAAGGACGGGAAAAGCUGAAGGGUCAGUCAAAAGUCACUGAGAAGGAUGAGAAUGAGAGGAAAGAUCUCCCCGUCGAGGAAGAGGCAAAAGGGAGAAAUAUCCACUUGUAUGACACAGUUGCAGACGAUAAGAGUGACGACGGGGCGACCGUCCUGCCCUCUCGCGACGAGCCUUGCAAUCGCGCGAGCAUUACCGAUCACACCGGAUCUGUGAACACAAUACCUGAUGAUGGUAACUUGAGACCGGGCCAAGGUAACGAUACCAUCGCCGAAGGGGAGGACAAGGAGGAGGAGGAGGUGGAGGAAGAGGAGGCAACGGCCGGAGGGGAAUUAGAUAAAGACAUGAAUAGAGGCGAGACAGGGAAGCGAGAGGAGAGUGUGAACGAAGAUGAUACUAACGAAGAAGGUGGAAGCGACAAAAAGAGAGGUGAAGUAUUGACCGAGGCAUUGAGUACGACAUCGUUGGAGACGGCAGCAUUUGAAGAGGAGGAAAGAGGUAUCCUUGAUGAUGAGAAAAUCGACGUGGAGACACGAGUGAAGAUUUGUGAGGAGACACUAAUUAGCAGCAGGACUGACAAUGUGCUCGUGAACGAAAGCGUGAGGGAAGAGAGGAGGUACGAGGAAGGACCGGCGAAAGUGAAGAAGGGGAUAGUGAAGGAAAUUAUCAUGCAGAAGGAGGAGGAAGCGAAAGGCAAAAUUGGGGAGACGUACAAGACACAACAGGUGUUGCGGCGGGACAUCUCCCCCACCGCACCCAAGGGAAAGGACGAGAUACCGCAAGAUGACACAGGAACCAAGGCCGACGUGGCUCCCCGAAAGUCAGACGCCGACGACCACCCCAGAGUAUCCCCGGAAGGAUCAACGUCGAACAGAGACGCAGCGGCGACGAACGUGGCCGAGGGGGAGGGGGACGAGGAGGACGCCAGUGUAGGAUCGAAGGAAAGCCCGGCGAGGGUCAGAGGCUUUUCUAGUCGCGGCGAAUCGUCGAUAAACUUCGUAUCCCAAAGAACCCUUCUUGAACCUUCGGCCGAGGUGGCAGAAGGGAAAAACGAAAUAAAAGACGCACAGGAUGAGGGGACCGUGAGGAGUCCACUGCUCAGGAGGACAGUGCAGAGUAAGGAAACCCGUACAGUUGAGUUUAACUUCGUUAAGGGCAAAGGUUUAGUGAGGGAAGAAAGAGUAGUGUUUAGAGGUGCAAGGGACUUGCAGGAAGACGCGUCGGACGAAGCCUCUGCGGGUGACAAACAGAUGGAAGCUUCGCAGCCAAAGGAAGAACCCAAAGAGGACGCCGAGGGACAAGAUUCCGAAGAGCCGAGUGUGGAGGAGCCAGACCAGAACGAAACACUGACGGCCGAGGACGAGCGACAUGAUGAUGUUGCAGUCUCUGAGGAGGACAAGAAAAAGGAUGUCUCCUCUGAAGUUGUUGUGACAAAGUCGGAAACUGCGGAUCGCGAGGCCGCUGAGGUGCCUAACAACACACAAACCGGAGAUUCAGAGGAGCAAGUACCUGAGCACAUGUAUGCAAAUAUCCUUCCUCCUCCCGCGAGAGUCAUCGGGGAGGAGCCGAGAGAAGUCACUGACCCAUCACGAGAGGAAGAAAUGGAAGACGAAAGAGUGCCUUACCGCACGACCACCGCACGCAGGCUAAUGUCGGGUCACAGGCGGUUGACCAAGACGAUAUCCGAAGGGAGUUUUGUCGCCGCCGAUGAAGCCAGCGGGACGGAAAGAGCUCGCCCGCCUUCGAUCAGGAGAAGCCGGACCGAGAGCGAAUUUCUCACCGACCAGCUGGCGGCCGCGGCGACGUCGAGCGCCGAACAUAAGUCCGCCGUGAGCCAGAUCUUCACGCGCGGAGUAUCGGGGAAGGUGAGGAUGAAGAGCCGGAGUGUGGAAAACAUCCGGCUCUCCAGUCUCAGCUGCGUUGAGAUCACCAACCCCAUUGACAGCGCGCCGCUCCCGAAGAGCAGCUCGGCCUGCCGCAUUGUGGGCGUCCUCAAGAAGAAGGACUCGAGGGAGAACGUCCUCGAGCUGAUGUCCCCCUCCAAGGACGAAGAGCACGAGGACGAGGGCGAAGCCGAGCCUCAGGAUAACAGUGAAACCACGAAGGAAAAUGGAAAAGAAGAAAAGGGGGAGGAUCAAACAGAAGUAUUGAGUGAUCUCAGACUUUCAAAUAAUGACAACCCUCCUAUAGAGGAGUCACCUGUCGAGGAAGCCAUACCAAUGUCCUCUGUGGAAAAUAUCGAAACCGAAGUUUUGGAACCGACUGAGGCAGAGGUGAUUCAGCCAGUGGAAGACGUUCCGGAGGAAUUCCUGGGUCAGCAGGAUAACGCUAAAGGUACGAAAAUGUCUGUAAUCAGUAGUGCACCAAUUGACAGUCACAUUUAUGAGAAUGUCCCAGACGUUUUGUUCUGCAGGAGCGGAACAGCAGAGGUUCCGACACAGUUUAUGGACCAUGAGCUAGAACAUACCUCCACACCAAUAGAUCAUUCCAGAAAGCUUGUAGCGAAAGUUGUCCACAUUUACGAGAACCUUCCUCCUCCAGGGGUCUUGCUUGAAACAUCUUUUGGGGAUGUAGGGAACAUGGGGGAAUUCCUACCGUUGCAAGAUGUGUGCGUGUCCAAAGAAAAUACCUACGAAGAGUGUGUUGCUAACGAGCAAAGAGAUUCGGAGCCCAAGUUCAUAGAUCUGAAAACCGCCGAAUCAAGCAUAAUUACUUCGAGAAUCACAGAGUCCAGCACCGGCGAGCCCAAAGUCACAGAACUUAGAUCCGAGGCCAGGGUUCUCGAGACCUUGGAGCCUCCCAUGACCCCUGUGGUGACAGGGAAGCCCCCGAAGCCCUCCUCUGAUGCGGCAUCAGUGCGUCGUCCGACUUACGAGAAAGCCUCGCUCAGGAGGAAGCAGCCCGAGUCGGAGAGUCGUGUCGAGAAGCAGAAAUCCAACUACAUGCGCCAGAAGGGCGUCCGCGUCGGUAUCCUGAAGAAGCAGAAAUCAGACAUAACGGGGGUGAGACUGCAGAAGCUCCACUACUUCGACAGCGAGCUCCCCGGCGAGCGCAGGCGGUCCUACUCCAUCGGGGGAGAUCCCAGGAAGGGCUCCAAGCACGGCAAGGGGGACGCAGACAAGGAACAGGCGUCUCACACGUGCGAGAGUUCCCACGACCUUGAUACUUCGGAGGCGUCGAGGCCUGAGAUGCGUGACUUGGAUAGACGGUGUCAUAGUUCCAUUAGUGCUAGUAGUAAUACUAGUAAGAGUAGCCGCAUAGAUAGAAUUCUUCAGAGUUGCGCACCAUGCAUUUCUAGCAACACGAGCUCGAUGUUAGAUCUGUCUGUUAGGUCGGGAGUCCACACGAUCGGCGAAGAGUCCGGCGAUGAGGACGACGACACGUACAGAGGGCGUGAGGGGAGCGAGGCGUCGGCUCAGCCAGGGACGCCCACCAGGGGCAUCUCGGAAAUCAGUCCUCCACCUCAGAAAGCGGCAGAGCAAGUGGCACCUCCGAGGGACAUGGGGUGA